AUGAAGAAUUGGGCUGCUCCUCUCAUAGCUUCAGGGCUGUUUGCAUUUUUGUCACCAGGGUUGGUGUUUCAAAUGCCUGGCAAGGAACGUCCCGUCGAAUUUAUGAACAUGAAGACCAGCGUGGCCUCCAUAUUCUUGCACGCUGUUAUCUAUGGUUUGCUCAUCAUUCUGUUUCUUGUUAUUCUUGACAUUCGCAUCUAUGCUUAG